AUGAUUUUGAGAAACUUGCCUCCUGUUCAGAAGGGGCGUGUGCUUUAUACUGCGGUCUAUAGGACAUACUAUUCAACAGCAGUUUGUACGUUGAGUUGGGAUUGGACGCUAGUGCGCCUUGCUGUGAAGGACAGUGUGAAUAUGGCAGCCUUGAGGUCUUUGCUUUCUGUUGGAAAGAAUGCUGUUCCUGUAUUGCUGCGGAGAGAGUUCCAUAGAACUGCACCAGCAACUUUGCAGGUGACUGUAAGAGAUUCUUUAAAUCGUGCAUUAGAUGAAGAACUGGAGAGAGAUGAGAAGGUUUUCUUGCUUGGUGAGGAAGUAGCCCAGUUUGAUGGUGCAUACAAGGUCAGCAGAGGUUUGUGGAAGAAGUAUGGAGAUCGGAGAGUAAUAGACACACCCAUUUCAGAGAUGGGCUUUGCUGGAAUAGCUGUUGGAGCUGCUAUGGCUGGCUUGAGGCCUAUCUGUGAAUUUAUGACAUUCAACUUUGCCAUGCAAGCUAUUGAUCAAAUUAUCAACUCUGCAGCCAAGACGUACUACAUGUCUGGAGGAAUGGUUCCAGUCCCAAUUGUCUUCCGAGGCCCCAAUGGAGCUGCAGCUGGUGUUGCAGCCCAGCAUUCCCAGUGUUUUGCUGCUUGGUAUGGUCACUGUCCUGGUCUGAAGGUGGUCAGCCCAUGGAGUUCAGAGGAUGCUAGAGGUCUGUUGAAGGCUGCUGUUAGAGAUGAAAAUCCAGUAAUUGUUCUGGAGAAUGAAUUGCUGUAUGGUGUUGCAUUUGAACUGUCAGAAGAAGCCCAGUCUAAAGACUUUGUCGUGCCACUUGGAAAAGCCAAGAUAGAAAGACAAGGAAACCGCAUUACCCUGGUCUCACACUCCCGAAUGGUUGGAAUAUGUCUGGAAGCAGCUACUGUCCUGGCGAAAGAGGGGAUAGAAUGUGAGGUGAUUAAUUUGCGCAGCAUUAGGCCACUUGACAUUGCAGCUAUAGAACAAAGUGUAAUGAAGACUAAUCAUCUUGUGACUGUUGAAGGUGGAUGGCCAAUGUUUGGUGUAGGAGCUGAAAUCUGUGCCCAGAUAAUGGAAGGCUCGGCAUUUAACUAUUUGGAUUCCCCAGUCGUUCGGGUGACUGGUACAGAUAUUCCUAUGCCAUAUGCCAGAAUAUUUGAAGAAAAUACUCAACCUCAAGUGAAAGACAUUAUAGUUUCUGUGAAGAAGACACUGAAUCUUAAAACUUAAUUAUGUUGUCAAUCUUUACACAGUGGGUAUGCACCAACUGAAAAGUCAAAAAAGAACCCUAGUCAAAAAUUGUUGCAACUGAAUUGAGCAAAUCUUAAUGUGGUAAUAUUAUUAUUAUGUACAUGUAUAUGAACACUUUGCCAUAAAAAGUUUUCUACAGGGGAAAUUUUAAGGAAACAUUUGUGUAGCACUUACUUGAUGACCCCUGGCAACCACUUUAAUUUUACAGUUAUCCAUUGAACUUCAAACCCACACUCAACCGCAAACUGACACAGACCACUUAGUUUAAUUGUGGUUUUAAGCAGUUUGAGAGAAGGCUUGUGCCACAGGUUUCAGAGCACUUUUUCUUCUUGGAGUGCAAUGGUAUCAAAGUGGGGCCUACGUUCUACUGUAAAUGCCUUUUUAUGCACUUACUGUCCCUCCUUAACAAGCUAAAUCUGCCAUGGCAUCUGCCUCAGGAAGCAGCCUGUUGAUUUGGGCCCGAAAAUGUAACUCCCAACCUGGCCACUUUUCCAGAUGUACAACAUUCUCUAGAAAGCAUGUCCCACACUGGUGAGCUGUUUUUAAAGAUGUAUUAUUUAUAUGUACAUUUCUGUACAAGGCUUUUGUCCUGAUCCAUUUUAAUAUUACAUUUUAGCAUUUUAAGAUGUGACUGCUGCUAUUUUGUUUUCUUUACAUUUUAUCAGAUAUGUAUUUUGAAAGUGCUGUUUGAAUACCUUUCUCUCCAUAAAGUGCUAAGCAAACUUAUUUGUAAUAUAUAUCUAAAUUGUUAAGUAGUUCUGGGCCCCAGAAGUUAAAGUUUUUGCAACAUGGUUGUCAUCUUUUUUUAUAUGAUUUAUAAUGUUGUAAUGGUCAAGUGUUAAAGCGCUGAAAGCAAUAAAGUGUCUAACAGUGAUUGCCUGGAUGUUGUGAAAUGGGGUACCAUUUUAAUAAAAUGUGAUGACAUGCUAGUA